ACAUGUAUGUAUUUCCUGUUUGGAGCGACGUCACAAGUCAACCACCAGAAGAGAUUUGUAAACAGACAAAAUGACUUUACGCUACUUUGUUCAUUAGUAACUCCUGCCACAUUGUUGUCGUGGAAACUUUGAUAGGCUACCAUUUUUAUCUUUAUGAUGGAGCCAGACUCGUGUAGCCGCUACGGGACCAUAUGUGUUCAGGUGAAGGACAACCUUCAGACAGAUAGAUAGAAACUAAACUUGAUAGAAACACUGUCACCAGAAUGAUCAAACACGCGCUGCAUGCGGCCAGACGUGCCUUCUCUCCCGGUCUGCGCUGCUUCUCUGAGGCUUCUGGCGGAGAAAUAAGUGAGGAUGUAUUUGAGCGGGCAGGCUCUCCACGUCUAACAAAGCAGGCAUCUCUCUACGUGCACUGGCCUUACUGCCUCAGAAGGUGUUCCUACUGCAACUUUAACAAGUAUAUACCCAGAGAGAACAAUGACCCCAUGAUGACUGAGUGCCUUCAGCGGGAGACUGAGACAUUGCUGCAGCUCAGUCAGGUUUCUUGUAUUACCUCUGUAUUUUUUGGUGGUGGAACUCCAAGCCUGGCUCACCCCUCAACCAUUGCCGCAGUCCUGGAAAGUGUUUCCAGGCGGGCAUAUCUCUCAGAUAAGGCUGAGGUCACGCUCGAGGUCAACCCUACUCCUGUGGGAAAGUCAAAGUUAGAGGACUAUUGCCGUGCAGGGGUGAAUCGUUUCUCCAUCGGGGUCCAGUCUUUACAGGAUGGGGAUUUGAAAAUUCUGGGAAGAGACCACAGCCCUCAUCAGGCUUUGCAAACUGUGGAAGAGGCCAGGAGGCUGUGCCCUGGGAGGGUGUCGGUGGAUGUCAUGUUCGGUCGGCCCAAACAGAGCGCUGAAUCCUGGGAGAAUGAGUUGUCUGAACUGUUGAGGGUGUGCGAUGACCAUGUGUCUCUGUACCAAUUGACGUUGGAGCGAGGCACCCAGCUGUUCAAACAGGUGCUAGGAGGAGAGGUGACCAUGCCCGCUGAAGAUGUGACAGCAGAGAUGUACCAGUGUGCCAGGAGGACUCUCCACCAGCAUGGCUUUCUGCAGUACGAGGUGUCUAACUUUGCAAGACACAAGGCAGUGAGUCAUCACAAUACAAGCUACUGGAAGGGAAGACAGUACAUCGGUGUCGGCCCAGGAGCACACGGCCGGUUUGUUCCUCGCGGGGAGGGAGGUGUCGUUCGGGAGGCCCGGACCCAGACUCUGGAGCCAGAUGUCUGGAUCCGUGAAGUCCAGCAGAGGGGACAUGGGACACGGAGGCGGAUUCAACUCAGCCAUCUUGAACUAUUGGAGGAGGUGCUGGUGAUGGGAAUGAGAAUGUCCAAGGGCAUUAAUCACAAGCAUUGGGAGUUGUUUAGCCCUCAACUGGGCCUCCAUGAAGUCUUUGGUACAUCCAACGACAUCCAAGAGUUGCUACAGAGUGGACAACUUAUUCUGGAUGACAGAGGCCUGCGCUGCUCCUGGGAUGGAUUGGCCUUGCUGGACAGCAUACUGCCAGCUCUACUGGUGAUGCUGGAAAGACAAAUCAGUCAGAGGCUACAAAGGGACCACCAUGCUGAUGGACAAACAAAGAGGAUCUCCAACCCACAAUGACAGUAAUGUUAAUAAAGCAGAUAACGUCUCUCUAACUAAGCUUGUUUCUGGGUUAGGCUGGCAAGACAUGUAAAAAAAAAUCCUGAAAACAGGCAGAUAUUUAUAGGCCAAAUCUGACUUAUUUAAGUUUCAUCUUCAAUAUUGAAAUUCCUUAUUUAAGGCUUUGCCAUUUUUCACAUUUCAGUGUUACUUUGCUGUUUAGCUGUCAUGGGAACAGCCCCUUAUUUUACCCUG